CCCAUGUGUUUGAUGUUGGUUGAUGGAAAGAAGUUUCAUUUAAACUUUGAAUUGGUUUAAUUUUUACUACAAAUGCUAUGUACGAUUUGUAUUUAGUUUACAGAUGCAAUAAUUAAAAUCGUGUAUGAAUCUUAGUUUAUCAUUUUUAUAACUUGCAAGUGUAUUUGUUUAAUUUUAUGUUAAUUUGUUAUUUCAUCAAGUAUAAAAUGUCUAUGAAUGGAUUAAAUGUUAUAAAAAAACUAAAUUCUAUUUUGUAUAUGCAGCAACGGUUCUGCCAGGGACCAUGUGCAUGUAUAGUAAAGUGCUAUAAAUGGGAUAUCUCUGAAUUUAUUAUGGGUCCAUCAAGUCGUUAUGCUGUCCUUAUUCUAAACAGGCCAGUACAACAAAGUAUGGAAUUUAUGAGCAAAUUUUGGAACAAUGCAUCAGUAAGAGUAACAGUUGAUGGUGGCACAACUCAGUGGAAAAAGUUUCUAAAUAACAUGCCAGAAGAGAGGCAAUUAUCCAUGAAGAAUCCAGACCUAGUAACAGGAGACUUUGACUCAAUUCUGCCAGAAGUGAAGGAGCAUUUCACAAAGAAAGGUUGUAAGAUAGUGCACACUCCAGAUCAAAACCACACAGAUUUUACAAAAGCCAUUAUGGAAUUAAAUAAACACAUCAAACAAGAAAAAAUACAGAUAAGCCAUGUGAUUGCAGUCGCUCAAAACUCGGGAAGAUUAGAUCAUACACUAGGAAACAUCCAAACUUUAUUUCUAGUCAAAGAGAAGAAUAUUCUUUGUCCUGAAGCGAAUGUGUACAUAAUGUCAGAUGACUCCAUAUCAUGGCUGCUGUAUCCCGGAGACCACAUCAUCAGCAUACCUGAAGUUGUCAGACAGCAUAAAAGAGCAUGGUGCUCUUUGGUGCCUGUCGGCGAAGCAUGUCUGAGUGUUACUUCCAGUGGGCUCAAAUGGAAUUUAGUUAAUCAGUCUUUGAAGUUUGGAGAUAUAGUUAGCACAUCCAAUACAUUUGAUGGAUCUGAAGUGGUAAAAAUAAAAUGUUCCCAUCCAAUUUUAUGGUCUAUGAGGAUUCCUAUGGUAAAAUAAAAUUAAACGUGAGCUCGAAACAGAUUCCUACGAGGUACCUUUAUCACUAAGGCCUAUUGGUUUGUUAUUUUUUUAUACAUUUUGUGAUUGAAUACGGGUUUCGAAAAUAUUAUAAAUUAUAUAUGUUAACUUCACGCAAAAUCUGUUUAUAUGUUUAUUACGGUUGUGUUAAUUACUCUUAAUUUAUUAUAUUUGCUUGGGGAUUAAGUACAUAAAGGAAUAGCGGUACAGGAAAGGAAAUAGGAUUCUUAUAAGUUCAACUUUUCUAUGACUUAUGUUUUUACCAGUGAUUCAAUUUAACAUGUUCUCUCCGUAAAUUUUAAUAGUAUGCUUCCAAGAUUAAACCCUAUUUUAUGCUCAUUUUUUCCUUAGAGCUGUGCUACUGUAAUAAUGUAAAGGGUUGCGCCCUAACUCUUUGUCAUCGUGAAAAAUCGAGAGAGAUGAUUGACAUUUAUACGUGUUGAAAUAAAGUUAUUAAAAUAUGUUUAGACUAAUAUCUUUCCUUUCGUAACUAAUAACAAUACAGUUGAAAAUUUACAAAUUUUUAAAAUCACUUGAAUCGGAACGUGGAAACGGUAAUUUAGUAGUCAGUUUUGGGUUAGAAUAUUAAAUUCGCUGUUUGACGUAUCGAUUAAUGAAUGUUAACUAUAACAAUUUGAGAACUUCAUACGUGUAAACCAGCAAUUAUCUUAUAUUGGCUAUCAUAAACCGAGAAUAGCUAUAGAUAAGGGAAUGAGAAUGUUACGAUUAUGUAGUACUUGCGCGCGUGAUCCAGCCUACCCUGUAAAAGCCGGCACAAAAUGAGACAAAAGAUAUUAGCGCUCUGUCCUGUUUCUCCGCGUGUAUAUCUAGUACGUCUUUCUCUUGUAUGAGCAAAAUGUCGGUGCCGAAUAGACGCUGUCUCUCAAAAACUCUGUAGUUUUCUCUGUCUACACUGGCUAUCUUUUAUACUUUCCAAUAAUUAUCUCACUUGACAUCAAUUUAUGGCCGCCUCAUUACCACUUCAUGAGUGCUUAUGAUGGAAUAAGCUUCUGUAUUCGACAUUCUUGAAUGAGGUGUCGUUUGUUGUAUGUUUUAAAGGUAUGCUUUACGGCUACUACCCCUAGAUGGCGGUAGAGGUUAAAGUCGUGUUAGAUACCUUUAUGCUAUUAUUAUAAAAGACAGCAGUGAUAGGUUCUCGAUAUGUAAGAAAUUUAAUAAUCCAAAUAUAUAGACAAGUUCGAUUAGACUUACCAUUAGGAUAAACAGAUAUUGCAGUUUGCAGUGCGACACAAAAAAGGAAAGGAACACAGUAAAAUAUACUUACAUAAACUUACAUAAAUUACAAUAUAUAAUAGUACACAUACUACAAACUAUAUAUUAAUAAUGUAUAUGAUUUUUUUUAUAAGUUAGGUUUUUCUAUAACGUACCAAAAAGUCACCAUUUUUUGUCAAAAUUGACCAAUGUGGUAAAAUAUGUACACAAUUCACAUCCACAUACACCCAUAUCAUAUACACACUCACACACAACCUACUUAACCUACUUAAAAAUACUUUUUAAAAAUAUUUUAAAUUAUAAAAUUGUGUUUGUAAAAUUUCAAUUUUUUAUAAGGCAUAUUAGUCGAUGUUUUUGUGACAUUUUUUUUCUGUUGUUGGACAGUGGUGUCUGAAAAUCAGCGUUAUCUCCAACCAUUAUUGUUGGCGAUAAUAGAAGCUAAGACAUUCCUUUCCUCUUAAACUAAAAUAUCAUAAUAUGUUAAACUAUGUAUAAACUAAAGUUAACUUGGCAAUAAAGUGAUUUUUUAUUUGUUUAUUUAUAUAUGUGUGUAUACUUAUCUAGUCAAGAUGGUAAAUGAUCAUUUUUGUUCUGAUUGACCUGGGUCUGUGAUGUUUAUCUAUAUAUGAAUACUAUUAUGUUUAUGUGUGAAUACUAUUAUGUUUAUGUGUGAACUUAAUUUGGGGCUAACACAAUCAGUGUGAUUUGUCCCACCUAUAUUCGUUAUUCAGACUUAUUAGGUCAAUUUUCAAUCACGAAGUAUCUUUUGGUUCCUUUAAUUAUAAUUAUAUAUAAAAUUUUAUUUUAUUGGAUAUUUAGUUAAAUAUACGUAAUAAUUUGUUGAAAGUAAUAAAGAUGGUUGUUAGCAAUUAAAUUGUGAAAUAUAUUUGUGUAUGCUAUUUUAUUUUUAUAUUUACAUAAAUUGGGAAUUUAUUGGAAAAGUAUUUUUAGUUAUCCAUUGUACAUUCCAUUAGUUUAUAUAUUUUAUAUUAAUGUAAGGGCUAAGAAUAUGCUUGAAACUCGUGCUUUAAUUAAAAAAUACAAUGUAAGAGCGUUUACCAACUCAAAAACAGUAUUUUUCAAACCCUUUAAAAUGAUAAAUUAAAAUUUAAACAAUAUGAUAUAUCCAAUAUUUUCGCCAUGAUGUCUACCUUAAUUUAAUAUAGUAAUAGCUUCUAUAAGAACUCUUCUAAGAAGAACUUCUAUAAAGUAUAUUAAGUAUUUUGAAAUGUUCAAUAAUUUAUCGUUAUUAUAUUUUUCCUAAACAUUUGAAAACUAAAACUCUUUCAAUUCAAAUCAGACCGCCUUGACAUGCCGCGUUAGACGUUCAUAACAAAAAGCGGGUAAUUAUUACAUUAAUUAAAACAUAUUUGUAUUGUUGAUCAAAUAAAGCAGCCAAAGAAAUGUCGGCGAACAUGUGUCAAUACUAUGAACCAUUUAUGUCUUCGACGUGUGACCAAUGUUAAUUAAACUCAUGUUGUGAAUUGGUUAUUCAAGUGUGAUCGUAGUGUUUAGUAGUACUAUAAUCAUGCGACCGUAUAUGGGUAAGUACCAAUCCAAACGACCUUUAUCUCGAUGCUUUGUUAAAAUAAACAUCUAUUUUUAGCUAUCGCUUUUUGUGGCUUAACUAACCCGUUUUAUUUUAUGCUUACAUUAUAUGUGAUGUUCAUCUUAUUCUUUCGGUAAGAAAUAUUCCCAAGAUAAAGUUGAUUUCCUAACUCUCUCUUAUCGACGCAUGUUCCCGGUUGCGUUUGAGGCUGUGAUGCCGCGAAGCCCAGUGCCAGCGUAAAAAAAUAACCUUUAAAUUUUGAAUAUACUGCGUCAUUUUACAACCGGCCGCUUGCCUGACGUCCAACCUCCUUGGGAAUGCUAUUGUUUCCUUUCAGCUUAGGCUAUGUGUCCCUUAGUCGCCUCGUAAGCCUUGGUAUGUUCCUAUUUUAGGGCGGAACCACACACCACAAAGUUUAUUUCCUAACAUCGUUGUUUCGUUAACAAAUGUAAUUUCAAAUCAUCAAAACGGGUUUCGAUCUUUACGUAUGUGAGGCUCCGGUCGUGACGGAGCAAUGCUGCCCGUUGUUUACAUUUCAUAGCAAACACGGCGCGGUAUACAAUAUUUAAGGUCUAGAAGUAUAUUUCGUGUUUGUUGUUAAUUUAACAUACAAUGUAGAGACUAAAAGUUAAUUGUUAGAUUCAUUUGACAGGUUUUUGUUUUAUUUCAUAUAUUCAUGUGGGUAUUUUAGGCUACGUUUUACUAAUUGCAUGUAUGACAAUGGAUUACUGUGACUACUUUGUUGUAAACAAGUACUAAUACUAAUGUACCAUUAUAAUGUGAAAAAAUAUUCAUCAUCGCUAUGUCCAGGGAGCAUUUUGCUAAACAUAUUGGUCAUUAUAGCGUCACUACAGUAGUCGUAGGUAAAGACUAGGGAUUUACGAUUUCCACAAGAAACCUGCAUAAUUACUGCAAUGUUCUACUAUGCUAUAGGAAUUAUUAACCGAGAGAGCGAGGUCUACAAUUCUACUUAGGGCAAAAAUACAUUUUCUGUAUGUAUAUAUGUUUUUUUGUAACGCGAUAACUUUGGAACCGUUACGUAGGUCUGAUUUUGAUGAAAUUUAAAAGGUAUGUAGGAUCAGUCGAUAGCAUUUUAAAGUUCAUGGGACAACAAAAACGGUUAAGUCGUUUUUGAAAUAUUAACAACUUUGUAAGAAUGUAUUGUGUUCGCGAGG